GACGUCAGGCACCGUGUUAAUGAUCUUACUUGUAUUACUUGCCAUCUCAAAAAAAUGCUAUCUAAACAUAUUGUUGACUUGCAAACAGGGUUUGUCUUCUUUCUACUUACUCUUGUGUGCGAGAUAACACUUGGGUCACACACUUGUGGAACAGAGGAACGCAUUUUGACAGGAAAAUAUUUACAAGAUUCGAAUUUCGGUCAUGUGAAAGGCGUAUCUCUAUUCAGAUGCGCUGCGGAAUGUCUCAGUUAUUCAAUCUGUAGAUCGUUCAACUUCAACAACGUAACAAGACUGUGCAGCCUCAAUUUUGAAGACAAUGAAAGAAGACCAGAACUCAUCACUGACGAUUUGUUUAACGUUUACAGCAACAUCAAAGGGUGGCCUCAGCUUAUCUCGGGGCCAUGUAAGGAAAAGGAGUGCGGAACGCACGAAAAAUGCACUGUCACAAGACUGGGCACGCCCACAUGUGAAAACAGCGGAUUGUAUGGUCGGACAUACACAUCGCAAUUCAUUGUUUCCACUAAUAAACUGACGUGGAAUGAGUCAGUUGAAGAAUGUUCCGAAACGUAUGAAACUUUAGCCAUAGUCAACACAGCCAGUAGGUAUGAGCAAGCAACGAGAGCCGUCGAAGGAAAAGGUACCAAAGACUUUGUGUGGCUUGGUGCUUCUGAUAGAAAAACCGAAGGUACGUGGACGUGGGUGGAUGGACAACCGAUGGGGACUGACAGAUGGGCGAGACACGACAAUCAGCCAAAUAACUUCAAUGAGCAGGAUUGUCUGGCUUAUAAGGUCAAAAAUAAUCAAAGCAACAGAUGGUAUGAUAAUUCAUGCAGUAACAAACACUAUUUUAUGUGCGAAAAGUAUGUUUUACUAAAGUAGAAGCGAAUCCAAAUACAAUAGUUUGAUUGUUUUGAGCCUCUUACGACUCAAAGUCAACAUGUAUGGCGUGAUAUUUUCUCUAUUUUCUCCACCUGUCCCAUCGGCCUAAAAAAAGGUGAUGGCACAGAUCUGCAGAAGAGAUUCGAAUGCGAUUUUUCAAAAGAGUCAUUAAGAGCACAUUUAUAUUGUGCAAACUGGAAUGAUGUUUGAUGUAUGUGUAACUUCUCUUGGAGCUGAACAUAUAGUUUGUCAGCAUGGGCACCCAGGAACAAUUGUGUCCCCAACGCCUCAUUACUUGGAAUAGGAGUAGACUGGAUGAGGAAACUCAGCCGUGGGACUCUCGGCAGAGAGUCUGGUGACUCAGAACAUUCCGCUUCUAAAUGGGUUAGAAUUGAUAUUCACAUAUUCUGCACGAUACGAUAUGCCCAUAAAUACUUUUUAACAAAUUUGCUUUUAAAAUAGAUGUUGUUUCUUUUUAGCGUUUUUCCUUCUGAUGAAUUUUCAAUUGCCCAUGUAGUGGCUGUGAUUAGUUGCUGAACUGCCAGAAGCAGCCAGGGGACAUGCGCACUGGAGUUUUCAUUUAACAACAGUUUCAGUGAAUAAAGUUUCCCGCACGGUG